CUCUGCUCUGCCCCCCGAGCACCAUCCAGACGCACUGGUGUGUGACAAGAACAGCUAUGCGGUCCGUAAAGCAGCCAUCAGCCACAUCCUAACAUCCAUCCCGAGAUCACCUCCAGAAGCCGAAGAAGACUGAAGAACUGUUGCUGGUCACAAAUCUGGGAAAACCAAGGUCUGCUUUAUUUGGAACGGAUCGAGGGAUGUCACUGGAAGCCUCCAAAUGAAAGACGCUGAGGUGGCCGAGAUCAAUAAGAGGAUACAGCACAUAGAGGUUUUAUUGACUGACUUGUUAUAUUCAUUCUGAAGAGCGUUGAGGACCGUUUUGGCGUGAAAAUUUGCACCCGGAGGAUUUUUUCUUGAGGGAAUUGCAACAGGUGGUUUUGAACCUCAACCUAAGUUUGCAUCUUGAGCGGAGAACUUUAAUUGAACUCCUAAUUCUAGACUAAAGCAAACAUUUGAAAACCAUGGCUAACUCUGGGUUUCAGCUGCUUGGCUACUUUCUGGCUUUGGGCGGAUGGAUUGGUAUCAUCUCCACCACGGUGCUGCCCCAAUGGAAGCAGUCGUCGUACGCCGGGGACGCAAUCAUCAUGGCCGUGGGUUUGUACGAGGGCCUCUGGAUGUCCUGUGCGUCUCAAAGUACAGGCCAGGUGCAGUGCAAGAUCUUUGACUCCUUGCUUUCCCUGGAUAUGCACAUUCAGACGUGUCGAGCUCUGAUGAUCAUCUCGGUGCUGAUGGGAUUUAUCGCGAUCAUUGUGAGUGUCGUCGGGAUGAAGUGCACGAAAGUGGGCGACAACAACCCGUCUACCAAGAGCAAGAUCGCCAUCUCUGGUGGAAGCCUCUUCCUGCUCUCAGGUUUGUGCACGCUGGUGUCUGUGUCGUGGUACGCCACGCAGGUGUCCUCCCAUUUCUUCGACCCAAAUACACCAAUUAACGCCAGAUAUGAGUUUGGCCCCGCCCUGUUUAUAGGAUGGGCGGCAGCCAUCUUGAUGAUGUUGGGUGGGUCGUUCCUCUGUUGCUCCUGCGUGAACGACGAAAGAAGAGGACAACAGUUCUACCGGCAAUCUCAACCCUCUACAGCCAGGGAGGAUGAGUUGUUGAGUGAGACUAGUUUCCCUGACUGACCAACCCUCCUCCCUGCCUUUACUCGAGGACUGUUCAAGCUCCGCACUCUGUCUCUAUGUCCUUCACUCCCACCUAGAAUCCAAAUUCGGACACUUGUCUCUCUGAUCGGACAAAUGUCUCUACACCCUACACUCUUAAAAUCUGUGUCUGUUUUCCAACGUCUGAUCAAUAAAUGUGUUGUCACCCAAUAUCUGUUAUGUGCCUGACCUAUGUCUGUGACCCCAUAAAUCACCCUCGCAGUGAAACCGGCCUGUACAAAGUCAGUCGACACGGUGCUUCUCUCUUUUCAGUUCCCGUUUAACUCAAAUCUGUUUUGUUUUUCUUUUAAAUUGCAGAGCAAAUGUUAAAAGUUCUCCACCAGACAAAGGGGAGCAGUACUUGUAGUUUGGGCGACUUCGUGGGUCACAAGCUGUUAGAUUUUGGCAACAGACAAGACACUCUCUUUAGGUAAAAACGCAGUAAUGAAAAUUACAUUUAGUCAAACGAAGAACAUAUGACGGCCAGCUGAAAUGUUUCUCUAUAAUACAGACGAUGUUAAGAGAUCCACGAAGCCAAGCAAUGCUUUCCAUCAACAUGACUUUGUACUGUAGUAAAUAACCUUCAGAAAAUACAUGUCAGAAAUUUGAUGAAGUCCAGUGAGCCACAACAGUAUUGUCGAAUAGCGUUCCUUUUUUGUUGAUGUUGGAGUUUAUUAUACUUGCCGAAAAUGGUUUCACUCAUCUGUAAAGCAUUGAUUCAGGGUACAUUAUAAAUGCGUUUAAAUAAUUAUGCAAAUCUUCAACAUUUGUCGUGUAAUAUACGUUGAGAUAUAACUGUGUUUUGACUCACUCGUGUCAUUUAGUUUGCUAAUAGAAGUUAAAAGCAUAUUUUACCUUGCCGUAUGUGAAAUGAAUAUCAUUGUAAACAAAAGCCUCUUGUAAAAUCCAAUUAUCUUUUUUCCUCUUUUCAUAUUAUGGUUUGUAAACCGUAUAGAAAUCGUGACGGAUUUUGGCUUCUAAUUUUGCUUUCUUCUAGUAGAAAGAGACCCACACGUGAAGCAGUUCAACUCUUUAGUGCACUAUGAUUUGUCUUGGUGAAUUGUAUUCAGCAUGCAUUGAAAGGCACUGUGUCACAAAUGUUGUUUUGAAAAAGUGGUUACACAGCUAAUGGCCAGUCGCUAGGAUGUUAUUAUUAGAAAUAUUUUAGUUCAUGUUCCACUGGUUAUGUUAUCUAAUAUUCAACUAUGUAUCCUCUCAUGACCUUUCUGUUUAAGUUUUGAAAUAAAAUAAACUAUACAGAAGA